GCGAUUUUCGACAGCGAUCUAAGUGUGAUUCAGAACGACGAGGGCAUCUUCGACAGCGAUCAGCAAGCAGGAUUGGAAGGUAGCAAACACCAUCGGAUACCAGACACGAAGCCAAGCAUGGGGCAUCUGGAGGAGGAGUCGGUGAUUCGGCUAAAUCACAGGUUUCAACUGAGCAAUGAAGGCAAUGACGAACAAUGCUUGGCUUCUGUGCAUCCUAACAAACCGUGGCUGCUUUUCACGCGUCUUGUCCCAGGCGAAAGAUCAUUUGAGUUAUGGGACUAUGAAAAGAAUGUGGUCAUUGCCAAGUCACCAACGUCAAGCCGCACUGGCUGGUAUGCUGCAGCGUUUGCUUAUGACGAAAAUUGGGUGAUGAUCUGGGAUGAGCCAGAAAUGCAGGUGCUUGACAUAUAUAGCGAAGAGGUGGUGAGGCAUUUCCAAUUGCCGAACAUAGAAUUGCUGCGGGUGCGUCCAGGCCUACCGCAUCUUCUUGUAGUGAAAGGUCUUGUGGAGAUUCAGUUGUUGGAUUGGGAGGGUGGAUGUCUAUGCAUGGACACUUUCAUAAGUGAUUUAGAGGUCGACGUGCUGAAAUUCCACCCGCGGGAACCACACAUCUUCGCUGCUGCCUUGGACGACCGGACGAUCAACAUAUGGGACAUCAACACACGUUCCGUCGUCCAAACACUGGAGGGUCACUCGCACCAUAUCCGAUACAUGACAUUCUCCGAGGACCCUCAGAAACCCCUUCUGAUCGCCGGCGGGUGGAACGACGAUGUCAGGGUCUGGAACUACAAGACCGGAGCCUGUCUAGCCGUUUUGACCGGACACACCGGCAAAGUCCGCGCGUUCACCUUUCAUCCGCACCUGCCCUUCAUCUUCACCACCGAUGAGAGCGGCAACAUUCGGCUUUGGCACGAGUCCAACUACGAGCUCGCGACAACCUAUUCAAGUCAAUUAGGAUCGAUCGGCACGAUAUUUCCCUGCGCGGAUUCCAACAUGAUUGCUGUCGGAGGGCAAGGAUCAGUUGCCCUGUAUGAGGUGGUGGUCCCGAGGGCCACCUUGGACAAUAUCCCUAAAAAGGUCGACAAUAAUCAAGGUGUUCGCGUGCAGCCCAAGGGGGACGAGGUCAACGUCUAUGCAGGGAGCAGGAGCAUAGAGAACCUGACCAUAAACCAGGCCCUGUGGAUAUCACUUCAGGAAGUGCACAAAACAGUGCGGAGGUUUCGCGAUGUCGUAAGAAAGGUUGUGCCACCAAUCAGGCGCUCUGGCGACACCACCUAUUUUGAUCCGGUGGACCCCACGAAGCAGUUCAUUCUCAUAACGGACUGGCAGCCAGAGGCGAUUUCCGCUAUUGUAGCGCAGAAGGGGAACGACGGUCGAGAACAUGUCAUCGAAUACGCAUCUCGAACGGUGUCAGACGAACGAAGGAACGACUCAGCCCCGCAAGAGCGACGAGAGCCCGGUCCCGCACGUCUCUUCACAAACUCUGACACACUACCUGCAGUGGUCGGCUUGCCUCGAGGAGUUAUGGGCAACAACAACCCGCCAUCGCAACAACCAUAUCUGGAUCCCCGGGGGAUAAUCGGCCUUGCCUUCUUUCAGCCUCAAACGGCCUCCGAAGACGAAGCGAUAACACUAAAAGAGGAGGAGGAAGAGGACGAAGAGGAAGGCGACGAGGAAGAAGAGGAGGAAACCCCAGAAGGAGGAAGUUACAGCGAACACAGUGAGGAAGAGCAGAGCGACGAGGAGGAAGAAAAGAACGAGUCGGAGGAAGAGGAGGAAUCUGAGUGGGAAACCCUAGGAGAAGAGGCGAAAGGUGCAGAGGAGGAUCCCGAGGCGGUGCGGAAGAGAGAAGAAAUCGUCGCCAGUAAGCAGCAGCUGGAAUACGCAAGCGAGGCGGAUCUACCAAUCUCGAACGAUCCAGCCAGAAGAUGGGGACCUUGCUGCCGAGACUUCGAGCGCACCGGCCAGACGGCGACGAAGUCGAUCCCCCUCCCCCUCCACCUCAGCCCGUCCACCAGUUCGAGUUUGUACCGAUGCGGGGCAUCGGGCUUCGUCCCUGGUCCUUAUCCCGUUGUCCCCUUGACCACCUAACCCUCCGCCAGAUCACUACCCGCAUCACCUUCCCCUGCAAUCCCUUCCCAGUCGACACCUUUUGUUUCUUCUACGCCACCCGUCUUGCUGUCAUGGUUCAUCCCCAUCCUUCUACCUGGUGUGCCACCCCUAUCUUCUGUCUCCACGCCCUUCUCUUCAGUGUCGCGUGGCGAGGCCACAACAUGGUCGAGGUUUACUAUGUGAUCACGGGGACUAUCCCCGCAUGCGAAAACCACGAUCACUUCCCCACGGCGCUUUUCCGUACUUUCACCACCCGUU